GAUCGGCUGGGUUGGAGUUUCGUCGUCUGCAACGUGUGCAACCUGGGGGAGGCAGGGCGAUGCCGCGAGCAGCAGCUGGUCUUUCGCUACGAUGGGCCUUUGAGACAUCUACCGGUGGUCCGGAACUUGAACCACGUGCUUGACGAGGCAGCUUUCCACGGGCUGUCGCUGCCACCUUACUGGCUGAACGAAGACGUGUUGGCGCACAGGAAGAACCGCUCGAUUGAAGUCUGCUCACAAGACGAGGUGGCGAACCUCCAGGAGAUCUUCGACGAGACCUUCAAGCGCAUUCUGACGCGGGACCGUGUCUACGAGUAUCAGGCCCGCACCAAUGAGGAGAUGCCUUAUCGCCUCGAAGUGGUGCAUGCCUUCAGGAGCGAGAAUGCGGAGCUCUACCUGAAGUUCGCAGAGCGGCGAGAAGAGUACAAGGGCGGCUGGCCGCUGAAGGCCAAGAGCCACGGAGCCGGGUCGAUGAUCAACGAGCGACUACUGGAAGGAGAGUCUUACCUGGCGCACGGAACCAACCCAUCGUCGGCUAUGGCAAUCCUGAAGGGCGGCUUCAAGUUGGACCAUGCCGGCAGCGCCACCGGAACCAUGUUCGGAAACGGGGUUUACAUGGCCGAAUGCGUCUCAAAGUCCGACGAAUAUGCACGAGACGACAACGGGGGAACGUUCCCGGGUCUCAUGGCGAUGCUCAUCUGCCGCAGCCUGGUAGGCGACCCCUACAUCGUCCAAGACCCGGGCGACGCGGUGACUGCCGCCAAAGCAGCUGGCAUGGACUGUGUCGUGGGCACCUACCGGGAGUUCAUCUUCUUCGACGAGCGUCAGGUUUACCCGGAGUAUGCGGUCAUCUAUCGGCGGCAGUAUGAAGCGAGCAAGUCAUCUGCACUAGUGAUCCUGAUCGUUAUCAAUGCUGCAGUGAGUGACGGUGCUGAUGAGAUUUGUGGCGAUGGUGAUAGUGAUGAUGAGACGAGCAGAAGACACGUCGAUUACAUGAUACGCCGCGGGCCGGCACAGAAGGAGCGCUUGAGGGCCCGAGGGAAUGGUUGGCUGAUGCGCAAGACUACGAGUGGAACGACUGGCCGCAAUUGGCAGGUUCAGUUGGACAAAGGCGCGGCCUUGGUGUGCUUCGUGCUCGAGGGAGGAGUCCUGGGUGCGAUUCUGCACAUCAUGGACAGUGUGCCGGUUCCGGGGCUUCAAGUUCCUCUUCCCGGGAGUCUUAAUGAUGAGAUGGAUAGGGACUUGGACGAGCCAAAAAGGGCAGUGGAUCAGGGGCAUGAGCGUCAUGAUAGUCCCAAGAAGCAGAAGCCGUCGGAGGAGGUACUCAACAUGGCCUCCUUGAGGGGGCUCUUAGCAGAACAGUCUAUGUCCCUCCUGCAAGCGCAGCAGCAGCAGCAGAUCAGUGCGGCCCUGUCGGCCUUCGAGGAACGGCAGAGUGGUCGUAUGGACCGGGUGGAGAGCAAGCUCGAGCAGCAGGGAGAGACUAUGGGUGAAGUGCAAGAGCAGAUCAGGGAGCUUCAGGAUAGGUUGGCGAAAGUGGAGAAAGGAGGGGGUCCCGGCAUUGGUGCAGGCCCAGACCGGAAAUCUACCCUUGUCUUCGGCGGCUGGGCUGCUGAUACGCGCAAGGGAGUGCUUCUGGAGCAGCUUGACCAAGCCCUCAAAGGCCUGCAACUGCAAGGGAUGUUGGACACGGCUCCUUUCACCACUGGUGCUCGUAGAUCCGUGGCUCUCUGUCAGUUCAAGAAGCGUGCCCAUGAGUCAGAUGGUGACGCUCGACAGAGAAUGCUUCGAGUGAUUCAAGUGAUCAAUGCCUCGCAGGUGAAGUUGGAAGGGGCCGUCAGGCCUCUCUGGGCAUCCUUCUCAAAAAGCCCGGAAGAGAGGGGGCGAGCAGCCCUUGCAGCUGUGGUUCGUAAGGCUGUCUUGAGGAUGGCACCCCAACGUAUGCCUGAUUUGGACGUUGAAUAUCCGAGCGGAUGCACUUGGAUUAAAGAGGACCAGAUCAGUGGUAUGGGAGCACCUCCGGACGAGGUGCAUGGGGCUAGGAUUGUCAGCACCAAGGGUGGAAGUGGAUGGCUGGAUGAGCGGACCCUGUCGAAAUGGCUAAAUGUUGAGCUUGGGGACCUGCAGCAAUUGGCAAUUCGUGACUCCAUUGAAGAGCAAGUCCAAAAAGACGAUCUAGUGCUACUUCAGGAAGUGCCGCGCGAGAGGGAGGGCUGGACCUUUCUAGAGCUUGAGGGGAAGAAAGUCGUCACUCAUAGGGCCGACAAGCAGUGGAGAGGGACUGGGCUCUGGUACGACCAAGGUGCCUGGUGUGUUCUCAAAAAGCAUGGCUCGGCUAAGGGGACGUGGUUCAAGCUCCGGCACCUGGAGGCGCACUUGGAGAUCUGGGUCGGGACCUCGCAUUUCACACCGGGGUGCAACUUGUCGCAGUAUGAGGUAGAGGUGCAGGACCAUUUCGACGCUCUACCCGGCUCUGCACAUAGGGUGGCCUACCUUGGGGAUGUCAACACAGGGUUCACAUGGACGCAAGAUGGUGAUGGGAUUACCAUUGUUCCUAAGGAGGGCAAGGGUGGCUUCUUACAUCAGAUGCUGACUGAGAAGGGCUUCGUCAUGGGGGUCCCUGAUUCUACCCAACUUCGUACUCCCACAAGUAGGUACCCUCGGCAUGAAACUGGGCCUCGCAUGUGGAUAGGAGGGGUGGAGCAGAUUGACUUCCUGGACCAAUCCGUCGUGGAAUCCCUAGCAGCGACCUGUACCAAACAAGUGCCGGGGCGAGGGUACAAGGACAGUAAAGAAGUGAAGCAAGCUUUCCAGGCUGCCAAGCGGUCGGGCACGGCAAUCCUGUGCAAGAAGGCCCUCAAGAUGCGAAAGGAGGCCCGAAGGACAUGGGAGCAAGAGCGGCUUGUCCGAGCUAGUGAGGGAGACUGGGUGUAUGCUGGUGUAGAAGUACCAGGCAUAGAGGGUCCGUGGAAAGGGGAGGUCCAAGCCUUCACGGUCGAAGAGCUCCGAGAGGGAGUCGGUCAACUCAAACGUGGCAAAAGUGUAGGAGCCGAUCGCACAUCUACAGAGCUGAUUUUGGGCCUGAUGCAAGUUCCUGGAGGGGAAAGUCAUCUUCUUGAAUGGUACAACAGGAUUUUAGCUACUCAGGUCAUUCCGGAGCAGUGGAAUCGGCCCAUACUGGUCAUGCUUCCCAAAAUCCGAGCCCCGAAGGCCGCAAAAGACCUCAGACCGAUUGCUAUGGGGUCGGCGGUCAGCAAGCUCUUUAGUCGGCUGCUGUUGAAUCGUGCUCUUCCCCACAUCCGCCCCUUCACCAGCAAACAGUGUUGUGGCCCCACCAGACAGACCGCGGACUACCUGUUCAGCAUAAUCCGCAUGUUUGAGCUUGCCCGUGAGUGGGGGGUACCCUUUGCGGUUUUCAAGUUAGACCUGGAAAAGGCCUUCGACAAGUUGGACAGAACAUCCUUGUUGAAUCGCCUGGAGGAAAAACUUGGGGCAGGGCCGGAAAUGAAUUGCUGGCGGGGAUUGCUGCGGGAUACGGUUGGCAUUCUGCAAACACCAUGGGGGAGAACGGAGGUGGCCAUGAACACUGGCAUAAAGCAGGGGGCCGUAGAGUCGCCUUCUAUGUUUGCCUGGGUGGCGGAGCUUGCACUUGCAGAGGCCAUUGAGAAGUACAGUUGGCAUGCCAGAGGGUCCCUGUUUGCUGACCUGCCAUCGGAGGAGAUGUUGUACAUGGAUGAUGGCAUGUUGUGGCAAGGGUCCCUUCCUGUCAUUCAGACCAGGGUUGAGCAGUUAGCUGCAGAGUUCUCUCGGUAUGGCCUACGGCUGAACCCUCGCAAGUGCCAGCUAUACGCUUCCCCGAAGGUGCAGGGCGACAGGGCUAUUCGGAUCGACGGGCAGCGGAUUGAGGCCACGGACUGGUGGUGCUAUGAAGCAAAGGGCGCAGGUGAUGCAGAGGGUUGUUGGAGGUACAGCACUAUGGUGCAUCUGCUGUAUCCCUCCAGAUGCUGCAGCUAUGUCCCUGCUUAA